UUAAAAUGUUUCAGCUUAAAACAAACAGGACUUGUCAGUGACAGAAUUAGCGUUAAUGCGUGACUAUAUUUACCUAACAAUAUUUCAUUGAUUGCCUGUGUUGCAUCUCUCUUUUUCUCCUCCCCUGUCAGUGUUUCAGUUAUCUUUCUGCGAGCAGCACGAUGGUUCAAAUUGUUAAAACUUCAAGUGUGGAUGGUCCUGGUCCUACUGAGUGGCUGCUGGUUGAACUCCAGGGGGAGAUGAUGUCCAGGCAGAACUCUGGAUUGGCUGGGAACCUGAUGGGAGAUCUGCUAUACACCAAAGAGGGUGUACCUGUGCUCAUUGUGGGACACCACAUCCUCUAUGGGAAGGUGGUCAAACUGGAGAAGCCCUUCGCUGUCCUGAUGAAACACUCUGGCCUCCCACAGGGGGAGAAGGUUCCCAUGGAAAUCAACCAGCAGAACCCCACCACCUACUCUAUUUCCGCCCUCAUCAAGAAGAAGCUCAUCUUCAAUACUCGCCCAAAGCCCAUCAUCACUAAUGUGCCCAAGAAAGUGUAGUGAAGUGCUUGGUCAUAUGCAUUAUAGGGCUCACUGUCGCAAAACACUUUUAACUGGAAAAAAAUUGACAAGUUCAGAUAGUCCCUGUUGCAGUCUGUUUUCUUCCGUUUUGUGCCUGUUGCAGUCUGUUUUCUUCCGUUUUGUGCCUAACGACCUUGACCCUGGUCACCUCUGUGGGAGCAAAGGACAUGCUGCACUCUUAAUGACUCCAUACCCACAAGUAUGGAGCACACAUUGCAAGACUGUGCUUGGGACACCCUCCUCUGGCUUGAGGUUAUGGGACAUCUGAAACUAGGCUGUGUGCAUAUUUGUUUUGUUAUGUCAGUGGUUACACUGCUGGAAUUUGCUAAACGCUGUGGUGUAUUAUUAAAAUAUCUUUAUUGUUGCACUUAUCAGAUGACAGGAUUUAGUAAUGCCUUGACAUGACAUUUGUACAGUGAUUAUUUUCAGAUGGGGAAGAAAUUGCCACAACAGUCGAAUGAGAAUAUUUUUUUAUUCAGAUAAAAAUACAUUUUUUUUCAACUGCUGUACAAGUCGGAAAAAUAACUGU